AACUAAAAUAAAAUCUUGUGCAUAAAAUGAAUACCUAAAAAGAGUUAAGGGAUGUAGUAUUUGAAAAGGAAGAAAUAGAAAAGGAAAACUCCUUUACUUAUAGUGAACCUCACUACAUGGCAGAUAAUGAAUAAGUAAAUAGAUUAUGAUUAUAUUUGAAUUAGGAAGAAGAAUUAUAAGAAGAGAUUCAAUUACCUGUUUAUUCACCUUAGUAGUUAUCACAUUUCAAAAGACCAAAACCAAUUAUUUUUGAUGAAUUCAAUCUUGAUGAAGAUCCCAAAAAAAAAGUAUGUAUAUAAUGGGAAUGUACUACAGCAGAAUAAUCAGAAAUGCUACCAAUGGGAGAUUUAGAGAGAUUAGCUGAUAUGCUCUAACGUGAAAAUUAAAAGAAAUAUUCAUACCCCAAGGAUUUGCCUGCUCCCUCUAACGUUGACAAUCAUUUUGAUGAAUUGAAUAUGCGUUUCAUACCAUCACAAAAAUAAGAUGAAUUUGUUUCAAACUAUGUUAAGGGAGAUGAUUUAUUAAGAAUCAAAGUUGGAUUGUGUGAUGAUAUCUUAAAUGAUGAAGAAACACUCAAAUUUGAAGAUUGGGUUGAAUAAUUAUGUACUUCAACUAAUCAUGAAUCACUUAAAGAAAUGGCUAGAAAAUAAAAAGUCAAACGAUAUCUAGAAAAAAAACACAAUCGAACUUAUGAAAAGAAAGUUCAUUAUCAUAUUAGAUAAAAAGUUGCUGAAGAAAGAUUAAGAGUCAAGGGUAGGUUUGUAACUUGGGGAUAAGUAAUUAAAUUAUCAUAUAUUUAUUUAGGCAAUCAAAAUGUUGAAUGAAAAAGACACCAAGAAAUCAUGGAGCUAUAAUGACUAUACUAAAAUCAAGAGCUUACUAAAUGAAAAGUUUGGAGCUGUGAAAAGUGAAAAGUCAUUUAGAUUCUGAUUGUUUACAAACACUUGUGUAUUUUAAUAUAUUGUAUUUCCAAAUCG